AUGGCCAGCGCGAAGCAGCAGCAGGGCUGGCUGAGGCGAAACCAGCACUUUGUUGCGGGCGCCUGCGUGGCCGCAGCGGCCAGCUACGUAGCUUAUAAAGCCUACAACUCACAAGGCCUGGCCUCGACCCAAGCCACGCUGCUGCGCGCCGCCGAGACGCUGCACCGGCUCGGCGCAGCGGCGGGCUCAGCAGGUGCCGUCCUAGAGCAGGUGUCGUCCGACCUACGCGCGUUCCUAGAGUCCGACGCGGAUGAGGUCCCUCGCAGCCUGCGCCAGCUCGCGAAGCUCGCGCGCUGCCCAGAGGUGCAGGGUACGAUCCAGGCCUGCGUCGGCGCCGCAGCGCGCGGCGCCGCGCCGCCGCUGACGGCCGCGGCGGUCGCGCUG